AUGACCGACGCCUCCAUCGUCGAACUAGAGGAGCCCGAGUUCCACGAAAUCCUUACGAAACGCCUCCGCCUGCGCACCGUUCGCGUGGCAGACACCGAACUGAUCAUGCCACUGAUCACGAGACCAGAAGUAAUGUACUGGACAUCACAAGGGCCUGUGCAGAAUGUGGAGCAAGGCAGGCAAUGGAUGUCGGCGAGGACGCCAGGGCGAGAUUGUUUCAACUUUGCUAUCGAGGAAAGGAACGAUGCUACAGAGAAGGACAAGAAGUCGCCGCCGCCUAUUGUAGGUCUGGCGGGCUGCUUUCAUCCCCCAGAGAUAGGUUACAUGAUUCAUCCAGAUCACGCAGGCAAAGGCUACGCAACCGAAGCCCUGCAAGCCCUGAUUCCAGAGAUCUUCGAGCGUUUCCCUUCAGCUAACGAGGGCGGCAUUGGCUUCGACCAUAUAGAAGGGUGGGUGGAUAGCAAGAAUGGCGCGAGCCGCCGAAUCCUCGAGAAGACCGGGUUCGUGUUCUGCGAAACACACAUAGACGCUGACAACCAAGUCCGCGGGCCGUGCGAGUUGUUGAUUUUCCGCAUAGCGCGGCCUGGAAAGACUUUGGAGGGACUGGGCCUCGUACCCAAAGCGAAUGCUGAAUCGGAUGGGCCGCCAUCGCCUCCAGUACAAUGA